CUUCCUCUGCGAGGCUCAAGAUAGUCUAGGCGGUAGGCGCCUCGCGUCGGGGAGAAACGUACACUAAAGCCGUGGAGAGGUGGCCCUGCGGGAUGGCAGCGACUGAGGAGGAGCCUGAGCCCCUGACAGAGCAGCUAGAUGUCGCGCGCGGCCUGGAGAAUCUGCCUGUGAGCGCGUGGCCCCCAGAGGCGGGGCCAGAGCCCUUCCAGUAUACUCCUGACCAUGUAGCCGGACCUGGAGCAGACAUUGAUCCCACUCAAAUAACCUUUCCCGGAUGCAUUUGUCUCAAAACCCCCUGCCUCCCUGGUACUUGUUCCUGCCUCCGUCGUGAGAAGAACUAUGAUGAUGAUUUAUGCCUCCGAGAUGCAGGAUCGGAAGCAAAGUAUGCUGAGCCCGUUUUCGAAUGCAAUGUCCUGUGUCGGUGCAGUGACCGCUGCAGGAACAGAGUGGUCCAGCGGGGUCUGCAGUUCCACCUCCAGGUGUUCAAGACGGAUCAGAAAGGCUGGGGACUUCGCACCUUGGACUUUAUACCAAAAGGACGGUUUGUCUGUGAAUAUGCUGGCGAGGUUUUAGGGUUCUCUGAAGUACAGAGAAGAGUUCAGUUACAAACAAUACACGAUUCGAAUUACAUCAUAGCCAUCAGGGAACAUGUCUGUAAUGGGCAGGUAAUGGAAACAUUUAUUGAUCCUACCUCUAUAGGAAAUAUUGGAAGAUUCCUUAACCACUCUUGUGAGCCAAAUCUGUUGAUGAUUCCUGUCCGAAUUGAUUCGAUGGUACCAAAGUUGGCACUUUUUGCAGCCAGAGACAUUCUGCCAGAAGAAGAACUCUCUUAUGACUAUUCAGGAAGAUUUCUUAAUCUAGUGGAUUGUGAAGACAAAGAAAGGCUAGAAGACAGGAAAUUCAGGAAACCUUGUUAUUGCGGUGCCAAAUCAUGUGCUGCGUUCCUGCCUUAUGACAGUUCACUGUAUUGUCCCUUAGAAAAGCCAGAUGUGAGUGAGGAAGGAAGUGUAUAGGAGAAACACGUCUGACCUCUCAGUGGAAGAGAAUGAGAAGGGAUGGAGCAUGUUGGGCUCAGCCCUCUUUGGGUUCCCCUCUUCCAAGCAGCUUACCCUCGAGGUGAGUCUCUGCUCUGUGGUAAGCAGCUUGCCCCUCACUAGAGGGGACGCCAGUGGUGGUCUAGCUUCUACUGCUGCCUGGCUGUGUAAGUUUAACUCAGGAAUGUGGCAGAGACGGCAGGUCGUCCAGCAGUUACUCUCACUCCCCUUCUAUCAGAGAAUUCUCAGGUUUUAGCUGGCUACAUGGCAGCCCAGAAUACUCACUUUUCCUACUUAGAUGUGGCUAAGUGACUGUGUUGUAGCUCGUGGGACAUAAUGGAAAAUGAUGUGUCCUUAAAUGGAGAUAUCCUUCCCUUAACCCCUCUUUUUUCCUCUUGGCUGGAAUGUACACAUGAUAACUAGAGCUGGUCCAUACUAGACCCCAGAAAAACCUUGGAAAAGGAAACCAUGCACAGCAAAUGCAAAAAAUGGAAAGGAGUCUGGGGCUGUAUAUGUGGACUACUCUAGCAGCCCUGAUCUGACAUGUCUGGACUUUUAGGUGAGAAAUAGUCCCUUCCUCACUUAUGCCACUAUUAUUUUGAAUUUUCUAGUACUAGCACCAAACCUCAUCAAUGAUCCAAGGAAAGCCUUGUGUCUGUAUACCUAAGUCUUGCUUUCCAAUCAGCUUUAUCAGGAAUAAAGCUUAUAUUUUCAUUUC